AUGGAGCUUGGAAAGUUUCUUGCUCCUGCACUUGGUGACCAGCUCCAACCACCAGUCCCUGAUAUAGCAGAAGUGAAGUCGAGGUUCUGGGAAGUUCUUCCAAAACAAGGGCAGUUGUCUUCCAAAACAAGGGCAGAUGUAACAACAAUGGUGCUGUGUAAACCCGAACUUUUAUCCUUAAAAUCUCUGACUCUAGAAAAACUGGAGAAAAUGUAGCAAGCUGCACAGGAUACAAUUCGCUAACAAGAAAUGGCAGAGAAGGAACAACAGCAAAUAACUGACUGA